AUGGCUGCCAUCAACAAGAUCGCCCCCAACUCGCCGUCCCGGCAGAACCCCUCCGAGCUGGAGACCGCGAUCGCCGGCGCUCUCUUCGACCUCGAGAGCAACACACAGGACCUGAAGGCCAGCCUUCGUCCCCUGCAGUUCGUCUCUGCCCGCGAGGUUGAGAUUCAGCAGCGUCUGACCCGCGAGCUCGAGAAGAAGUUCUCCGACCGCCACGUCCUCUUCGUGGCCCAGCGCCGCAUCCUGCCCCGCCCCAAGCGCUCCGUUAACUCGCGCACCACCCAGACCCAGAAGCGCCCCCGCUCGCGCACUCUGACCGCUGUCCACGACUCCAUCCUCUCCGACCUCGUCUACCCCGUCGAGAUUGUCGGCAAGCGCACCCGCACCAAGGAGGACGGCUCCAAGACCCUCAAGGUCAUCCUCGACGAGAAGGAGCGUGGUGGUGUCGACCACCGCCUCGAUGCCUACGGCGAGGUCUACCGUCGCCUCACCGGCCGCUCCGUUGCCUUCGAGUUCCCCCAGAGCGGCGCUGAGUUCUAA